CGCAGGCACCUGCCUAGUCACCCAGCACGGCGGGGUCCUGAGGCGUCUCGGGAAGGCGCAGCGAUUGGCUGCAGCUGGUGUCUGAAGCUCGGCCCCAGCGCGCUUGACAACCGCAGUGUGCCAAGAGGCUGAGCCCAGCAGUCGCCGGCCGGGGCGGGGCGGGCCGAGAAGGACGGGCUGACGAACGGAUGGACUGACGCGCGGGCGACUGGAAAAAAGGACCGACUCCAACCUGAGACUGCCGCCCUCGCGCUCUCACCUCAGCCGGCUGCUUCCAGAGCCCGGCGUCUGGCCCGCUGGGCCGCGUUCACCUCCGCCGCCACUUGUCCGGGUUCGCCUCGGAGCCUUCAGGCUAUCAAUAUGACGGCUGAAGAAACAGUGAACGUAAAAGAGGUUGAAAUCAUUAAGCUAAUUUUGGACUUCUUGAAUUCAAAGAAGCUUCACAUUAGUAUGUUGGCUCUUGAGAAGGAAAGUGGAGUCAUAAAUGGUCUGUUUUCAGAUGAUAUGCUCUUCCUGAGGCAACUAAUCCUUGAUGGUCAAUGGGAUGAAGUUCUUCAGUUCAUUCAGCCUCUAGAAUGUAUGGAAAAGUUUGACAAAAAAAGGUUUCGUUAUAUUAUCCUGAAGCAGAAGUUUUUAGAAGCUUUAUGUGUUAACAAUGCAAUGUCAGCAGAAGAUGAGCCCCAGCAUGUAAGAUUUUUAUUCCUGAAGUUGGAAUUUACCAUGCAAGAAGCUGUGCAAUGUUUACAUGCUCUAGAAGAAUACUGCCCUUCUAAAGAUGACUACAGCAAGCUUUGUUUGCUCUUGACUUUACCUCGUCUGACCAAUCACGCUGAAUUUAAGGACUGGAAUCCCAGCACUGCACGAGUUCACUGUUUUGAAGAGGCUUGUGUCAUGGUUGCAGAAUUUAUCCCUGCUGACAGGAAACUAAGUGAGGCUGGUUUUAAAGCAAGUAACAAUCGUUUAUUUCAGCUUGUAAUGAAGGGCCUGCUUUACGAAUGCUGUGUUGAAUUUUGUCAGAGCAAAGCAACUGGAGAAGAAAUUACAGAAAGUGAAGUACUUCUUGGCAUCGACCUUUUAUGUGGCAAUGGGUGUGAUGAUUUGGAUCUGAGUUUAUUAUCAUGGCUUCAGAAUCUUCCUUCUUCUGUGUUCUCUUGUGCUUUUGAACAGAAAAUGCUUAAUAUUCAUGUUGACAAACUUCUAAAACCUACAAAAGCUGCAUAUGCUGAUCUUUUGACACCUCUGAUCAGUAAACUCUCUCCCUAUCCAUCAUCCCCCAUGAGAAGGCCUCAGUCAGCUGAUGCCUAUAUGACCCGCUCUCUGAAUCCUGCGUUAGAUGGCCUCACUUGUGGACUAACCAGUCACGAUAAGAGAAUCUCAGACCUUGGGAACAAAACUUCUCCUAUGUCACACUCCUUUGCCAACUUCCAUUAUCCAGGAGUACAGAACCUUAGUAGAAGUCUCAUGCUUGAAAAUACAGAAUGUCACAGUAUUUAUGAAGAAUCCCCUGAGCGUGAUACACCUGUUGAGGCACAGCGGCCUAUUAGCAGUGAAAUCUUGAGCCAGAGUUCAGUUUCUGAAAAAGAGCCUGCAAAUGGAACACAGAAUCCAGGAACACUGAAGCAAGAAAAAAAUGAGCUUCGAGAUUCCACUGAGCAGUUUCAAGAAUAUUACAGGCAAAGAUUACGCUAUCAGCAACACUUAGAACAGAAGGAGCAGCAGCGGCAGAUAUACCAGCAGAUGUUGCUGGAAGGAGGUGUGAAUCAGGAAGAUGGUUCUGACCAGCAGCAGAAUCUUACUGAACAGUUCCUUAACAGGUCCAUUCAGAAGCUUGGUGAACUAAAUAUUGGAAUGGAUAACCUUGGUAAUGAGGUAUCAGUGCUCAACCAGCAGUGUAAUGGGAACAAAAGCAAUGGAUCAAAUAAUUCUUCUGUGACUAGUUUUGCUACACCACCCCAAGACUCUAGUCAGAGAUUAGCACAUGAUGCUUCAAAUAUUCAUACAAGUACUCCUCGUAAUCCUGGAUCAACAAAUCACAUACCCUUUCUUGAGGAAUCUCCUCCUUGUGGUAGCCAAAUCUCCUCAGAACAUUCAGUCAUUAAACCAUCUCUUGGAGAUUCUUCAGGGAGUCUAUCAAGGUCAAGAGGGGAAGAGGAUGACAAGUCAAAAAAGCAGUUUGUUUGUAUUAACACCCUGGAAGACACACAAGCGGUUAGAGCAGUGGCUUUUCAUCCAAGUGGUAGUUUAUAUGCUGUUGGUUCCAAUUCAAAAACUCUGAGAGUAUGUGCCUAUCCAGAAGUAAUUGAUACAAGUACACAUGACACUCCUAAGCAGCCAGUGGUACGUUUUAAAAGGAACAAACAUCACAAAGGAUCCAUUUACUGUGUGGCUUGGAGUCCUUGUGGACAAUUAUUAGCAACAGGAUCAAAUGACAAAUAUGUCAAAGUGCUGCCCUUCAAUGCAGAGAACUGUAAUGCAACAGGACCGGAUCUGGAAUUUAGUAUGCAUGAUGGGACAAUUAGAGAUCUGGCAUUUAUGGAAGGCCCAGAAAGUGGUGGAGCUAUUUUAAUAAGUGCUGGAGCAGGGGACUGUAACAUUUAUACAACAGAUUGUCAAAGAGGACAGGGCCUCCAUGCUUUGAGUGGACAUACUGGGCACAUUUUAGCACUUUAUACCUGGAGCGGCUGGAUGAUUGCAUCUGGUUCCCAAGAUAAGACUGUUAGGUUCUGGGAUCUGCGAGUUCCAAGCUGUGUUCGUGUUGUUGGCACAACAUUUCAUGGAACUGGCAGUGCAGUGGCAUCAGUAGCUGUAGAUCCCAGUGGCCGGCUUUUAGCUACUGGUCAAGAAGACUCCAGCUGCAUGUUGUAUGACAUAAGAGGAGGAAGAAUGGUUCAGAGUUACCACCCUCAUUCCAGUGAUGUCCGUUCUGUUCGCUUUUCCCCUGGAGCUCACUACUUGCUAACUGGCUCUUAUGAUAUGAAAAUAAAGGUGACAGACCUACAAGGGGACCUCACUAAGCAGCUUCCUAUCAUGGUGGUAGGGGAGCACAAGGACAAAGUGAUUCAGUGCAGGUGGCACACCCAGGACCUCUCCUUCCUGUCGUCCUCUGCAGACAGAACUGUAACCCUCUGGACUUACAGUGGCUAGUGUACACCCUAUGUUAGUCUGUGCUAUGGAAGCCCAGAGACUUAAGACUACUGAAUUGUGAAAACUCCAAAUCUGAAGAACUCAGACUGUUGGAGAGUGGUUUAGCACGAGGAAACCCUUUAUUCCCCUGUGUCCUGUUGGUAGGAGGUAUUGGGUGAUGGUGGUCCGCAGUGCUUUCUGUCUUCCAUGUGAGCUUGUGCUGCGCUCACCCGCUAUGUGUAGUCUCCUUGCCAAAGUCUGCAGAAGAGCUCUUACGUUGUUGUUGUGCACUCCAAGUCAAGGUGGAUAAUGUGUUUACGGUUUUUUUUUUUUUUGUUAAAUGCAUUCCUCAGUCUCAGAUAAGUUUUUUAUAUACACAUUGAAACUGAAUUUAAGUGUAUUAUUACAUAUAAUGUCACCACGUUCUACUUUGCUCUUCUCACCAUCCCAUAUUUGAUCACUUUUCUUCUAGUGGCCAGAAUUUUAUGUCUCCCAAAAUAUACAUUGUUGUUUUCACUUAAGGAUCAUUAUGGAGUUUAAAGAUGAAUGGAAAACUGCUCCUUAGUUCAUUAUGUGGUAUAGGCUUCUUUUAAAAAGAUUCUCAAACCCAGGGAUAUGGUUAUUAUCCUGUCACAUAAUUUUGUUUCAGGCUAAAGGUUCAUGUGUUUGCUUCAGAAACUUGUUCAUUUCAAUAUCUUGAAUGCAACAAGAUACCUCCUUCAAAAAUAGUACAGAGCAGCAGUAUGCAAUGCGAUAUUUGAUGGAGCAAUUAUUUACUGGCUAGCAUUUUCCUCUUAAAAUUUAAAAACUUUGCCAUAGACCAUAGCGUGUCUUGAAAUGCUAUGUCUGCAUGAUAAUUUAAAAAUGGGAAAUUUAAACUUUGCACUCCAAAAACUUACUUGGAUUUUUUUCUGAUGCUGUUUUGUGUGAUACAGAAUAAUGAUUUUGUUUCUAUGGCAUUGUAGAUCCUAACAUUUAUGUAUCUUUAUUUUCAUAUUGUACAGUAAUUUUAAGUUAUUAAAUAGGCUAUUUUAUUUAUUUUCAACUGCAGUUGUAUUGGUACUAAUUAUUGAAUUGUCUGUGCACUGUAUGUAGCAAGCAUUUUAAAUCUAUUGUGCACAUGUGGAAAGGAUACUAGACGUGUAACUGUGCUUUUAUUUCAAUAAAGAUCUCUUGACACUGAAACU